AGUCGUAGGUUACUUCCGGGCUUCAUUUUGUGACUCUUUCUUUGAUGUGUUUUGAUCGAUACUAUCUCUGUAAAUGACUAAAUGCCUUGCAGUACUCCUUCUUUUAUUUCUUAGAGCUAGAUCUACUUUGAGACAGACUGUGGUCACGUGUCUCAUUAGAUGUAGAGCAAUGCCAGAGAAUACAUUACUUUACACAGACCGGUAAAAUAGUUUAUGAACUGUUUUGUUUUUCCAGGAACCUUUUAAAGUGAAUUAAGAAAACAUUAGAAAACAUAAGAAUUAUAUGACUUGAAGUAGAUGGACAUCCUGGACAGUGCGCUUGUUGUUGAAGAAAAGAUAGACGAAUUGAACGAGACUGUAUCCAUAUUGGACGAUGAAGCGGUCAUGAUCAUGCACAGGAUAUUUGUCUGGGUCGUCAGUCUUUACAUUCCCAUCAUCAUGAGCACCAAUACGCUCGUUUUCUGGGGCAUCGUCCUGUACCCGGGCUUCUAUACUAGCAACAACAUGCUCCUGGUCAGCCUGGCCUGUGCCGACUUCCUGAUGGGAGGUUUCUGUCUGCCGCUUUACAUCCUGUGCUAUUCCAGGCCGACAAGGGAAAUUAUUGCCAAUAACAAAUACGCCUGUCUGACUCGGUUAUCAUCCGUGACUCUCACGGUAGGUGGCUCCAUCGUCUCUUUACUGAUGAUCACUAUCGACCGUUACCUGGCCAUUCUGUACCCUUUCUUAUACAGCAAGUGGAUCUCCGUGGAGCGAACUAUUAAAGCUAUCGUCGCUAUGUGGCUGCUGGUGCUAUGCAUUGCCAUAAUUCCUUUCUUGGGUUGGAACAAUUAUGACUACGAGAUUAAGGACCCACACAGACGCUGCAACUUUUACAUCACUGUACCUUGGCAUUACGUCCUGUGGGCCAACAUCGUGACCAGCCAAAGCUGCAUCCUCUUGUCUGCUGCCCUUAAUGGUCACAUUAUCUAUGUUGUCAGAAAACAAAUUAUUUGGUUCAGGGCUCAGAAAAGCAGGUGGUCGAAAGAACAGAGCAGACACUUCGAGCAACGCGUCAACAGUGUGAAGAUCACCGUGACCUUAAUGGUCCUGUUUAUAAUCCUUUGGUUUCCUUACCUCAUGAUUGCCCCGUUAAAACUGAAUCACGUUUUUAGCCCCGAAAAUAUCGAAGUCGCUAAGUGCAUUACUUUACUGAUCAGUUUCGCUAACUCAUUAGUGAAUGCCCCUAUCUAUGCCAUACUUAGAGUGGAAUAUAGAGCCGUGUAUAGGCGAAUGUUGACUACUUCGCCAAUGCAAUGGAAAUCAGAGUUAAGGAACCUGUACAGAUUAAAACAUUCGGUUCCAAAAAAAAGAAAAAAGAAAUCUUCAACACUUUUGAGUAAUAAAGAAAAUCCAAGAUCAUAGAGUAACAUUUGUUGUAUUCUUUUUUUUUAGCGGCCCCCGUAGGGGGAAAAGCCGCUAUUAGGUCUGUACAAAAUGUCCGUCUGUCACACUCAGAUCUAAAAAAAACUAGAAGAGAAAUGAUAAUCUUAUUUCACCAUGCCUGUGGCUUGCAAAGUUUAGGUGCAACGGCUACUUUUAGUUUUCUAAAUGCAAACCGUUUAGUUUAUAAAGUUAAUACUCUGGGGACCGCCUCUGAGUUUGUGUUGUCACACACUCUCUUUAUAAUAUUGUUUUUUUUUUGUUUUUUUUUUUGUAUUUGUCUUAAUUUGUAUUUGAUCAUUUCGAUUGCACAUUAAGAAUACUCGAAUGUUCUAAACCAUGUCUUACAAUCUGUUUACUAGCAUGAAAAUAAUUUAAGCAAUUAAUAGGAUCGUUUUAAAGAUAGUCCUAUUCCUAAUGUUUCAUGUAUUUCCCAAACACAACGAGGAUAAACAGUUGGCUGGAAAA